AUGCAGCCAUAUAAUUCAGAAGACAUUCAAUCUAUCCCGGCGAGGACCACCACCGGACAUCUCCGGUUUGCGGAAGACAAGACUGGCGUCUGGUCUUCCGGCAAUAGCACGAAUGUCUCCAUCUCAGCGAAUCCAGAAUCCCUCUCUGGAAGAGUAAUCCAACACUUCAAAGAGGAUAUUGACAAGAAAUAUGCCGACGUGAUGCUGAUCAUCUGCGGCUUCGUCGGUGGACUGGUCGAUGGACUAUCCUUCAACGCCUGGGGGAGCUUCUCCAGCAUGCAAACAGGCAACACCGUCUUCCUCGCCCUCGGCGCGUCCUCUCAACCGCGAUAUCCAGCCUACCUUUGGGCCAAAUCCCUUAUAUCCCUCGCCACCUUUAUGAUCAGCAACGUCCUCUUCAUCCAAGCAUCCCGCAAGCUCGGCCCUCUCCGUCGCUCCACCAUGGUCCUCUCCUUCGCCCUCCAGACAGUCUGUCUCCUAACCGCCGCCAUCCUCGUCGAAGCACAAGUCGUGUCCCCAAAACCAGAGGACCCCCGUGCCCCGAUCCAGUGGAUGCAAAUCAUCACCAUCUCCCUCCUUGCCUUCCAAGCAGGAGGCCAGAUCUGCGCCUCGCGGAUUCUCGCAUACGACGAGAUUCCUACCGUCGUUCUGACUGCCUUGAUAUGUGAUCUGCUGGUUGACCCAGAUCUCAUGGUGAAGAAGAAUCCCAAGCGAGACAGACGGAUCGGGGCCUUGCUGGCCUUGUUUCUGGGCGCCAUGACGGCGGGAGGGUUGUCCAAGGUUGCCACCAUGGCGAGUAGUUUGUGGUUUGCGUUCGGGUUGAAGUUUGCGAUUACGCUGGGGUGGAUUGUUUGGAGAGCUGAUGGAGCGGGGAAGGAUGGGGAUAUUGUUUGA